AUGUUAUUGGAAUUCAUCAAUUUUUUAUGUUAAACGAAUACAUGUCAAACUUAUUUUGCUUAAGUAGGAAGAUCUAAAUAUUUUUAUUCAUGGGAUACUUAAAAUAUUAAUUUAUGUCAUAAUCUUGGAUAAAAGUGUAUUUCAAUUAAUAUUAACAAUCUUCAAUAGUCAGAUUGUUACAUCAAGGCAGCUGAGCUUCGUAGAUGGGAUCCAUAUAAAGUCUAAUUAUAUUUGGAAUAUCUGUUAGAUUGA